UCCAGAUUGUAGGUACUUUGCCUUAAGGAUAAUCUCAGAAAAAGAAUUUAGCAUUUCUGAACUAUGGGAAAAGGCAUCGCACUCAAGGAUGCGCUGAAAAAGUGGGCUGAGAAAACAGGAGAAGUACCUGGAGAGGCAAAUGUUGUUAAACUGAAUGGAUGGAUUCCACCUAUUGAAAAACUUGACCCCUCUUUGGGAACUCUGACAAAUUGUGAGAGGUUGUCUUUAUCCACAAAUAUGAUCGACAAGCUCACUAAUUUGAACACCUUAAAUAAAGUAAAGAUUCUUUCCGUUGGAAGAAAUAACUUAAAGAACUUAAAUGGCGUAGAAGCUCUAGGAGAAACAUUGGAGCAACUCUGGAUUUCCUACAACAACAUAGACAAAUUGAAGCCGGUAUCGAAUCUAAAAAAUCUGAAAGUCCUGUAUAUGUCAAACAAUAAUCUGAAAGAUAUCAAUGAGUUGAAGCAUUUGUCCGAAUUGUCGAACUUAGAGGAACUGGUGCUUAAAGGGUGUCCUGUGGAAACUAUUCUUGGUGAAAAUUAUCGAACGAAGGUGGCUGAGAUUCUACCUCAAUUGAAAAAACUGGACGGUACAUCUUUAAUAGCUUCGGAAUAGUGUGUUUUGUCAGUUGCUCUUAUACAAAAGUAGAGACAUUUUGUGUAUAUGUGGCUUCGCAGCUAUUUUCUGGAACUCUAUUCCAGGGAUAAAUUUUAAUUUUACAAAGUUUUAUUAAAUGGAUAAUAUCCUAAUUUCUGAAUAGCAGUUUAAACAAAUCUAUUAAAUGUGCUUUUAUAUACAUAGGUGUGAGGUGUAUACAUAGUCCCUUUAACCUGAAAUUUCUUUCGAACGGAAAGCUAGAGCUACGCAAGUGAGGUAACUGUAUAGUAAAAGCUACAACUCCCGACCAAAUGCAAACGACAGCAACGCCCCUAGUGGCGAAAUUUGGAAGAUAGGCAUUGCAAAUCGGAAACGAAAAGAGAUAAAGCAAAAUUUCCAAUUGGAAAGUUUCAGAGCAUCAAUUAAUUAGUAUGAAACGACAUUUGGUUCCCACAGAUAAGAUAAAUUGUCGCCUGUAUAGCCCAAGAUGUCCGCAAUCGAUGCACUCUAUUUUGUGUAAGCGUUUGAAAAGAAUAGCCAUAGGUAUUAAGAAAUAGGCACCUUUUAACUGCGUAAAAUACUUACUUACGUCAAUACAGUUUGAUAACAUCAUACACAAAAAAUAAAAAUAAAAAAAACCCCGCAAAAGCAAACUAUCACACAGUGAAAGCAAUGCUAUCGUCUGCUAUCGAGAUUAUAAUGAAGUUUGAGAUUAUGCUGAUUGUAUGAAGUGAGAAUCAACACCUUUUAAGCUAAAAUUUUAAAUGCAUUGGAAAUUAAAGUUUUACAGACGUUAUAGUACAGUACAACUUCACAAUCUGCAUUUGCAUACUGCUACAUUUCCCAAAUGUGAAUAUGCGGAGUUCAACCAUCGCGCAUCAGUUGUGGACGUCUUUGUAUAUGCAAUUUAUCUUAUUCCUGUGAGCCAAAUGUCGUUUCGUACUAAUUAAUUGAUGCUCUAAAACUUCCUAAUUGGAAAAUUUUGCUCUAUCUCUUGUCAUUUUCGAUUCGCGGUGUCGUUUGCGUAAGGUCGGGCGUAGUCCUUUUACUGUACCGUUACCUCACUGUAGCUCUCUCCAUUCCACUAGCUUGAAAAAAAAAGUUAUGCCUGCCACUUCCAACUUUUCCAGCAUACUAAAAAUAUAAAAAAGAUGAAUAAAAUAUAAUUUAUAGGCUGAUUAUGGAAAUUUUAAGCAAAUGGCACAGUUAUUUUUAUAUAAAUCUGAAUAGUGGAGAUGUAAAAAGUUUUAAAAUAAAUCAUUCGGAAAUUUCUUUUCGUCCUUUGAAAUUGGUUGAAAAUUUUAUUGUCGUAAAAUAAAUUUGAUAAAAUUGCUGUCUGUCUUUUCUAUCUCUAUCCUUUAACUUAUUUUGAUAUCUGAGACUCAGAAUGCAAUUUGUUAUUGGUAAAUACUAUUUAAAUUUUUAACUUGU